AAGUGCAACCACAACAGCAACAGCAAAAGCAACAAACGGAUAGAGCAACAACGGAUUAGCAGGAAUCGCCGCGGAGAAACAACAACCACACCCCUCAAGGAAGACCAUUGGAGAGUGGAAAACUAAUAGAGAUUUCUGAAGAACUCGACCGAAUUGUGAAAAUGUGUUGCAAAUCAAGCGGCAAGUGGAAACCUUGUGGCCCGUCUGCAUCUCCAUCUCCCAAUAGACAGCAGCAGCAGCUGCCGCCAGAAUCAGCAUCCAAAUUGAGUCGGCAAACACAUUGGAGAACAUUCCGCGUUCCUAUUCUAGUACUGAUCCUGCUCUCGAUGCUCCUCCAACUGCAGACGGCUGCCGCCGGAGUCGGGGAUAGUCUCCAUGGCGAUCUUCUGUCCUGCUCGGUCGAGGGAGAGGAGGUUCUGACGGGUAUCCAGAAUUCCAAGUGCUUUAAGUGCAUCUGCCAGAACGGCUUUGUGAACUGCGCCAAGAGCUGUCCGGCCAUCGACGAUUGCUACUUGCUGGAGUCCAAGCUGGUAAAGGUAAGUGUAAAGGUUGCAUCUUUCGUGGGCUGCCUUAUGAGAGUGGCGCCGAGUGGAGCGACCCGGAGGAUCCCUGCGAAACGUACAAGUGCAUCGCCAGUGUUGUCACCGAGACAAUACAGAAGUGUUAUUCACAGUGCGACGACAACCAGCUACAGGCACCGCGCCCUGGCGAGUGCUGUCCUUCCUGUCAGGGUUGCAAGAUCAACGGACAGACGGUGGCCGAGGGCCAAGAGGUCGUCGCCUCGAUCGACGACCGCUUCUUGGUCUUCCAUUGCGGCGACAACCAGUUGA